AUGUGGUGUCAAAGAAGAGGAUACCCAGGACAGAGCAGCCUGGAGAAGUCUGAUAGAACUGGGUCUCUGGCAAAGACCCGCUACCCGAGCAGGACACAGCGGAGAAAGAUCCACAAAACUUCUACAUGGGCUAAACUUUCAGUUUAUGAGCAAUUUAUAUUCACGUUGGUCAGGAUCAAAAGAUUCCCUAGUCUCAAGAUGUUAUGUGAUUUAUUUGGAGUGUCAGAAACUAUUGGCAGCAACAUAUUCUUGACAUGGGUGAAGUUUCUUGAGAAGGAAUUAAAGUUAUUUAUUCCAUUUACCACUUUGAAAGACAUGGAAGGAAUAACCCGGCCUAAAGUUUACGAAUCUAAUCCAUGUCUUCGUGCAAUAAUUGAUUGCACAGAAUUCUAUAUACAAAAACCUUCUCUUCCUUCAAGUCAACGUCGGACACAUAGUAACUACAAAGGCAGAAACGCCUUCAAACUAUUUAUUUCCAUGUCACCGCUUCUACAUAUCAACUAUAUCUCUACAUUGUUCAGUGGUUGCAUAAGCGACAAGGAAAUCAUCAAGAGAUGUGGAUUUUUGGAAGAGUUAGCUGCAGGGGAUGAAGUCAUGGCUGACAAAGGAUUUAAUAUCCAGGAUUUACUUGCCCUUCAACAUGUCCGUUUAGUUUCACCUCCAAUUAUGCAUAAAGGUAAUGUUGGCACUGGUGCAAAAAAAAUGACAAGGAGAGUAGCUACAAAGAGGAUUCACAUUGAAAGAAUUAUUCAACGACUGAAGUCAUUUAGUAUAUUACAAGGUGUAAUCCCAUUAACAAUGAAACCACAUAUUGAUUCUGUUGCGUCUAUCUGUGCAGCAUUGGUUAAUUUGCAACCACAGAUUAUUGCAUCACCUUAAAAACAUUGUAUAUAGAAGUUUUAAAAAAUAUACAAUAAAAUAUUCCUUUGUGUUA